GAUGGUCUUUAAGCGGCUCCUCCCGAUAGAAAAGCGAGUAGAGCAGGCAUGGCACGAGUUCUUCGCAGAUCCUUCUCUUUGGUGGGACAAUCGCGCUAAAAACUGGCCCAAGUUUCCAGACUUCAAGCAUUCCACCACCGGCGAGUGCUUGUGGCUCAACGCCAGGGAGUGCCCGGAAUGGGUCCACAGCAAGCUCGCCUCGCUGAAAACUCUGGCCGCGGGACAAUCUGGACGAGCACAAUACAAAAAGAGAGAGAUCGAAACCAACCAUGGAAGCCCUUCUCUCCAGCUCGCACAACCAGUAAGUACACUCCCAUGCUCCUCGCAGAAACGCGAUGCAUCUGGAGUGACAGCAGCCAGCGUACUCGCUGCCCUCAAAUCCUGCCGAAGCUCCACGCAUUUAUCCACGGGGAAGCAGCUUCACCGGCAGGCGGACGAGUGUGGCCUCGUCUCCAAUCCUUUCAUGGCGUGUAGCCUGAUCGCCAUGUAUGGGAGGUGUGGCAGCAUGCCGCUCGCGCAGCAGCUCUUUGACGGGAUGCCGCAGCACGACGUUUUCACCUGGAACUCGUUGAUCCUGGGAUACGUCACGGCCGGGGACAGUGACGUUGCGUUACAGCUCUUUGACGCCAUGGACUGCGAGCCGGACUCGCGGAGCUUUGUCUUCGCGCUCAAGGCCUGUGCCGGCUCGGCUGCUCGGGAAGGAAAGGAUCCAGUUCUCGGCCAGCUUGUGAAGAAGCGGUGCUUGGAGAGGGGCAUGGCUUUGCAUGCCGCAGCGGCGAAGCGUGGCUUUGUCUCCGACUUGUACGUAGCGAGCACGAUGGUGGACAUGUACGCAAAGUGUGGGAGCAUGGCGCAAGCUCGCAACGUUUUUGACGAGAUGAAAGAGCGCAACGCAGUCUCGUGGACGGCUCUCAUGCUCGGCUAUGUCGAGAAUGGCGAAGAUCUUCUGGCUUUGGAGCUGUUUGAGAGGAUGAAGGAGGACGGGAACUGUGUUGUGGAUGCCAAAGUUUUGGUGGCGGCACUCAUGGCGUGUGCGAAGCUUGCCGCUACUGGAAGUUCGAAGGAGAUACUGGACAAAGGUCGAGAGCUUCAUGCUCGAGCUCGAAAGAGCGGCUUGAUCAACAGUUUUGUGGAGAGCACGCUCGUCAGCAUGUACUCCAAGUGCGGCAGCAUGACCGAAGCUCGGGCUGUUUUCGACCAGAUGGUGAGCCCGGACACAGUGACUGUCAACUCGCUCAUGCUCGGCUACGUUGACAACGAAGAGAGCGAGUCCGCUCUAGAGCUUGUUCGGAGUUGUGUGAUACCAGACUCUCGGACGCUGGUUGCUGGACUGGCUGCCUGCGCUCGCUGCGCCAAGAAGAAUCCCGCUGACAAGCCAAAGUUCUUGAAGCUAGGACAAGAUUUCCACUCGCAGGCUCUCCAGGACCCGGAAAGACUGCUCGACAUUUACGUGCAAACCACCCUGGUCGACAUGUACUCGAGCUGCGGCAGCACCUCAGAGGCUCGAGCAGUGUUUGAUGGCAUCGAUCUCGGAUCGCGCACGGUAGCAACCUGGAAUGCGAUGCUCCUAGGAUACGCUGAGAACGGCGAGAGUGCGUUGGCUCUUGACCUCUAUCGCCAGAUGACGGGAUCAAGCUGCCAAGCAAACUCCAUCACGCUGGUGGCCGCGCUCAUGGCCUGCGGCAACUUAAUGGCGCUCGACGCCGGACGGGCGAUCAUCCUGGAGGAUCAAGGUGGCGCGAAGCUGCUCCAAAAAGGCGGCGGCCAUGAUCCGUUCCUGGCAGCCACCAGCGUGAUAAACUUCUACGCCAAGUGUGGAGACAUAGAGGAAGCAGAGAGGGCGUUUAAUGAGAUGCCAGUCAAAGACACGGCUGCACGGAAUGCGCUCCUGUCGGCCUACUCCCAGCAGGGAGACAGCUCCCGGGCUUGUGAUGUUUUCGACAAGAUGGUGGACGAGAAUGUCGGGGUGGAUAAAGUCACUCUUGUCUGUGUGCUGCGAGCUUGCAGCCGGGGCGGAUUGGUUGCCAGGGGCAAGGCCUACUUCGAUGCAAUGGCCAAGGUGUACGGUAUAACCCCCACGCUGGAGCAUUAUGGUUGCAUGGUGGAUCUUCUCGGCCGGGCCGGUUCGAUUGGGGAGGCCGUGGACAUGGUCCGUGCGAUGCCGUACGAGCCCGAUGUGGCGGUGUGGACGGCCGUGUUGAGCGCCUGCCGCAAGUGGGGAAGUGUGGAGUUUGGGAAGGUUGCGUUUGAGGCCCUGGUGGGGCUGGACCCGACGAACUCGAUCCCGUAUGUGUUGAUGGCCCAGAUCUAUCGGACUGUGGGGAUGGAGGACAAGCAGGAGCAAGUCGAGAGGAUGAGAAAGUUGGCGGGGGCUUGGAAAAAGGCUGGGGAGAGCUUUUGGGUCGACGGUGCUGAUAAGACACAUAGUUUUGUGGUUGGGGAUGUUGUUUCUCAUCCUCGAAGUGAAGAUAUCGUGGUGAAAUUGAAGAGCUUGCAUGCAAGGAUAAAGAGCAAGCAUAAAAAGCUUACGAAGGUUGAGGAAGACGAUGACGAUGCGGAAGCUCAUAGUGAAAGAUUGGCUGUUGUUUUUGCCUUGACCAGCACAAGCAAAACUGCUACCGUCAGAAUCGUAAACAAUAUGAGAAUGUGUGAGGGCUGCCACAGGGUCUGUAAGGCCUUUGCAAAAUUGGAAGGGAGAAGGAUAAUUGUGAGAGACACAAGUGUUAUUCAUGUAUUUGACGGUAGAAAAGAAGAAUGCUCAUGUGGUGAUUCUUGGUAGUUCAAUUAAACUAUUACUUUUCAACUAGACAAUAUUGACUUUUGUUUGUU